AUGUACCACAUCACCAGUCAACCCAAAGCCAAGCUGGGACCCAAUGGUUCUGCAGCCAAGCUGGGACCCAAUGGUACUGCAGCCAAGCUGGGACACAAUGGUUCUGCAGCCAAGCUGGGACCCAAUGGUUCUGCAGCCAAGUUGGGACCCAAUGGUUCUGCAGCCAAGCUGGGACCCAAUGGUUCUGCAGCCAAGCUGGGACCCAAUGGUACUGCAGCCAAGCUGGGACCCAAUGGUACUGCAGCCAAGCUGGGACCCAAUGGUUCUGCAGCCAAGCUGGGACCCAAUGGUUCUGCAGCCAAGCUGGGACCCAAUGGUUCUGCAGCCAAGCUGGAACCCAAUGGUUCUGCAGCCAAGUGCUUUACCACUGAGCCACUGCGUCUCCUAAAAGGAAUCCAAUCUUACAUUAAGCUGUGUAAAACUAAAUGCUCCUGA